AUGCUGCUCCGCGCCUUGGGCUGCGCCUCGCCCGACGCGAGCAAGGCCUCCGCGAGCUGCGCGUCGCGCGCCGCCCCGUGCCGCGCCGUCCCGGCCUCUCGCCGCCGCGGAGCCCGGCCCCCGGCCGUCGCCCACUUCCCCCGUCGCCGCCGCGCGCUCGACCGGCGCGGGAGCCCGGCCCCGCCGCCCCGCCGCCGCCCAGCUCGCCGCGUGCUCGCUCGGCGCGGAGCCCGGCCCCCGCCGCCCCCGCCGCCGCCCACUCUCCCCGUGGCCGCCGCGCGCCUCGCCUCGCGGCGGGAGCCCGGCCCCGCCGCCCCGCCUCCGCCCACCUCGCCGCGCCCGACCGCCUCGCGCGCCUCGCUGGGAGGCUGGGGGCGCCCUGCUUGCCUGCCGCCGGCCCUGCGGGAGUCCUCCGCCUCGGCCAAGUCCGGCGGCGUGGGCGCACGGCCUCCUCUGCCUCCGCCGCGGCCCUGCGGGAUCUCGCCGUCGUGCGCCUCCGAGUAG